AUGCGUCCCCUCCAACUGAUUGUCGUAGUGGUAGCGAUCCUCGUCGUAGCGACCUUUGCCAAAGAUGAGUCCUCGAAAGGCCGCGAUAAGAGACAACAGGUUGCGUUCUAUCCAAGGAGAGGAGCCAGACCGCCACCCUAUGCGGUCCAAAUGGAGCCAAUCGUUCAAUAUUCCCAGAGAGAUCCACUCUACAAUCCUCUCGCGAGUUCCAAGAGCGACGAUCUCUACGAGGAGGGUCCGUUGAAUUAUUAUCCGACGGAACCGGAGCCUAUAAUCGAGAUUAUCAUCAAAGAAUCGAACGAAACGCUACCGACACCGGUACCACCGCCACCUCCACCACCACCAAGACCAACGAAAGAACCUAUACAAGUGUUCUACGUGAAGUACGAGAAGAAGAAAGGUUACGGGGAUAAGUCUCGCGUCGUCUACGAUCCACCGGUGCCAGCGCUCACACCUGUCGAGGAGCAUGAAGAGAUCAAGCCGGAUAACCCGGCGCCUUAUCCGGAAGAACCUGUUCAUACAGCAACACCGGCACCGCCAGAACCUUCUACGACUCUCAGAGCGAUCAUACGACCGGACAGUGAAGUGUACCACUCCGGGUCUAGCGGUAUUCGCGUCACCUUUGGCACCGACCAAGUGCCCCCUAACAACCACCAUAAGCGCAGCGAUCUGGAAGCGCCUCCCACUCAACAACAAGCCAAGCCAACUGCCACUUCUCCGGGAUCACCUAAAAGGCAACACGGCCCGUAUCAGCCGAUUCAACCGGUGCAUUCGAGAGUGCCACCAGCUUUUCCACAGCAGAGAAUCGCGAACUCCUUCCCGCAGCAACAGGCGCUCCAUCAGCCGCCACCUCAGCAGCAACAACCACCGUUGAAUUUCUUGCAACCACAGCCGCCAUUUUCGCAACCACCGCAGCCAAGGCCACCGUUGCAAAGGCUGCCGCAACGUUUGCCCAUAACGAUUCAAGGUUUGCCGGAUGUGCAGCAACGAUCGCCGUUCAACAACUUCGGUCCUUCUCAUCGUGUGAACAUCAACCAUCCUCAGCAACCAGGAUUCCCUCCCGCGUUGUCGGUUUCCCAUCAGAAUGUACAAAUACAGAAUCAACCUAUACCGUUGAAUCAAGGCAGUCCUUUCAGCGUAGAGCCACAACAGAGAUAUCACGAGCAACGUCGUCAACAGGAGUUGUUGAAACAUCGUGAACAUCAGAGACAGCAUGAGCAACAGAGACUGCAGGAGCAUCAGAGAUUUUUGGAGCAACAGAGACAGGUGGAGCAACAGAGAUUGUUGGAACAACAGAGACAACAGGAGCAGCAGAGACAACAGGAUCAUCAGAGAUUGCAAGAGCAACAGAGGAUACAGGAGCAGCAACAAAGAAUUCAAGAGCAACAGAGGCAGCAAGAACAGCAGAGAUUGCAGGACCAGCAGAGAUUGCAGGAUCAGCAAAGAUUGCAGGAACAACGCAGAAGAAAGCAGGAACAAGAGCAGAAACUGUUGCAGGAACAACAGUAUCGUUCACAGUUGAAGUACAAUCAGGCGCAAUCGGUGCCAAACAUACCUCAAGUACCGCUUCCACAAAUCCAGAAGCCCGGAGGAGAAAUUUUCAAAGCUGUCCCGAAACUCGAGCAACACUAUGCAAUUCGCGAAAAUCCACUUCAUCCCGGCCCCUUCCCGCCUAAUCCUAUUAUCCAACCAACUGGAUUCCCAGAAACUUCGCAGAAUCAAUACGUUUCCAGUCAACCGAGUUCGCCGCCAGAGAUUCUAAGGAGUCCACCGAGUGAUUUUAUAAACGAUCAACAGCAGCAUCUGAACACGAAGCAGCAAAUCGUCCAAAAUCAACAACAAGGAUUCUUCUCGCAGAAUCUUCAACAACAACAACCACGGUUCCCAGUAUCGCCUCAAAGAUCCUCGAUCUGGGGACGUCCGUCGUUCUCCGGAAACGGCGGAAAUCCUUCUCAGAAGAUAUACGCUACACCGGUAAGUCCUCAGGAAGAUUUCAAUGCCAUCUCGACGAUCAGACCGACGUUUAUCUCGAGUACAACUACCACGACGACGACGACAACCACUGAAGCACCAACGACGACGACGACGACGACUGAGUCUCCAAAGAACGAGGCGAAAAUUCGAGAGAACAUCGCUAAUCUACCGGAUGAAGUGCCGGAUGAUAUCAGGGAGCAACUGCUCAGUUCAGGCAUUUUGGGUAACGCCGACAUACAGAUACUGGAUUACGACAAGGUCGGCGACAUACCGAUAGAGAAACUACCGCCCGAGGCUUUGGCGAAUUUCUACGGCGCCGGAGGCGGUGCCGCGGUGGCUGCCAGCGAACCGGUCCCGUCGAUCGUCAAGAAGCCGAAAACGGCAGAGGAGAGCAGCUCGUCUUCCUCGAUCUCUUCUUCUUCUUCUCUUUCCACUUCUUCAGCAGUUUCGGCGAAGAAGCAACAGCAGCAGCCGUCUACUACUACCGGUAGCUCGACUAAGUUCGAGCAAGCCACCUUACGGCCAGGUGGAGUGGAGAUGAAAGUAGUACGCUUCGAUCCGAAUACGGAGCAAGGCCAGGCGCUCGCGGAUCAGCACAUACGCGAUGAUGCUACCAGGUUGAAUCCCGUAACCGUGGGAGACCGAGACGAGUCUCAAUACAAUCGUUAUUUACCGCUCAAAGUGAGUGGUGUUUCCUUCCCUAUUCCGGACGUGCCACAGCUUAACGGUAGGAAGAUCUCGAGCGUGGUCGUAUUGGCGCCUGUUGACUAUAACUUUCAAGAGGAGAAGGAAAUCGAGUCGAGGCAGGGCAGGAGGGUUACCGAUGUGCAGGCGGUCAAGUUUCUCGCUGGCGACACUCUCAAGCAACUGGUGAAAAAGCCAACCGCGGAGAAUUACAAGAAGUGGUUAGAACAGGAGAGUCGUACUGAGCCGCAAAAACAGUCAGUAGUACUGUUGGUAACCAUGCCAAAAGACGCGGACCAAGGCGAGAAAGAGAUCUUCAUGUACGACGUGGUCUCGCAGACAGUGAGCAAACUGGCUGGAGAUUUGUCUACAGCUUUCGUAGACGCUGCUGAAAGUAACUCUGAUAAUAACGACUCAUUGAACGACUCGAAUCUCCCAUCGUUAUAA